GGGUCACAGGGCUCUGCCGGGAGCAGCCCUGACCUCACAGCUCCUGAUUCACCAAAUACGGGCAGCGCGUCGAGGUGAAGAUGUGGGGGUUGCCAAAAACAGAAAAAGGGAAAAGAAAGCAGAAAAAAAACCAUCCCAAAAAAGCAGCCCGACACCUCUUCUGCUUACCUUGCUCUUCUGGCAGCGCUGGGGCGGGUGUGCGGGCACAGAGGGAGGCAGAAAACGCUGCUUUCUCUUUUGGUUUUGGUCCAAGAGAAGCACGCGCCGAUACCGGCAACAGCCGCUCCCGGCAGCGGAGGAAGAGGCCGCGGGGGCAGAGCUGGGGGGACCCCACGGGGGGGGGACGUGGUGAGGAUGGAGCACCGAGGGGUCCCGGUGCUGCCGUGGCUGCUGCUGGUGCUGGCGCUGCCGGCGCGGGGCGGUGCCCCCGAUCCCCCCCCUGGGCUCUCCUGCUUCAGGCGCUGCAGCUCCGGCCCCUUCACCUGCUCCUGGCCACCCCACGGCCCCACUGGCAGCACCACCUACAUCCUCGUGCUCUGCUACGUGAGCCGGCAGCUGUGCCAGCGGCACAAUGCGGGCAUCACCCCGGUGCUCACCCUGAAGCAGUACAAAGUCUAUGUCCACACCAACACCACGGCCUGGGUGGAGGCACGAUGGGGACAGCACGUGGAGCGCAGCCCCAACAUCACACUGCACUUUGGUGAGGCAGUGAAGCUGGAUCCCCCUCCCCAUGGGAUGCCCUUCACUAAAGCCAAUGGGCGCCUGCAGCUGUGGCUGCCGAGGCCGCAGUGUCACCAUGGGGAGCGGCCGCCGCCGUACAGGGAGGCUCGAUUCCGCCGGGUGGGUGACCACAGCUGGAUGCAGGUGAUGUGUGAGACAGGGAAGGGUGAGGAUGGAGAGGAUGACCCAGUGACCUGCGAGCUGGGGGGAACCGCUGCCUUCGAGGUGCAGUUCAGGCACAGGACACAGCACUGGAGCAGCCACUGGAGCGACUGGAGCACAUCCAUCUUCAUCCCUGAGGAGAUCCUGGAGGGCCCCUCACUGAGCUUCAGGCUGGGACAGCUCGGGAGAAAUGGGCAGAGGCUGCUGCAGCUGGGCUGGCAGCGCUCCCGUGCGGCACAAGGGGACGUCACCUACACUCUGCACUCCUACAUGCCGGAGUGCAGCUGUGCCGAGGGGGACGAGGUGGUGCUGGGGCCGGAGGAGACCGAGUACAACAUCACGCUCUGCGGGGCCGCGUAUGAGAUCGAGCUGACGGCCACCAACGCUGCAGGAACCAGCCCUGCACGGCGACUGCACGUGGAGGCGGAGCAGCGCACAGAGCUCCGCUUCCAGAACAUCAGCUCGUUGGGCACCGCGGUGGCUGCGCUCUGGGAGGCACCAACGCGCAGCUUUGCGUUCUGCUCCGAGCGGCAGCGUGUGCCGGGAGCUCCACGGCCGGGACACUGCGAGCAGGAGGAGGUUCUUGCGCACAGCUCCCAUUGGCAGACAGGGCCGCUGGAAGCACCGGCGUGUUACCGGCUCGCCGUGCACGGCCGCGGUGCGGAGCAGGACUGGGCCACCUUCGCUCUGCAGCAUCACUUCGUCGGCAACACCUCAUUGGCCGCCUCUGUCCGCAUCAACGCCAGCACCGACGGCGCCGUGCUGAGCUGGGAGCCGUCCCCACGUGCUGCGUGCCCCGGGGCGCUGCUGGGGUACCGGGUGUGCUACGCGGCCGAAGGGGACAACGUGACGUAUGGAGAAUUGGACGCAUCAGCAUCUCAGUACGCGCUGCGAGACCUGAAACCAGGCACCGCCUACAGGGUGGGCGUCCAGGAGGUGGCGGCGGGCGGAGGGGGAACCUGCAGUGCCCGGUGGCACUUCCAGACCGCGGCACUGGGUGCCAGGACAGCGGCAGGGAGCUCCAACCUCAAGUACCUGGGCAUCUCGUUGGGGCUCCCCGCAGUUGUCCUCAUCUACCAGCUGAGCAAGAAGAGGCUCCACGGGAUGCUCUUCCCCCCCCUGCCCAAACCUACGGGCAGUGAAGCCCUCCGAUUCUCAGCCAGUGAGAUGAGCCAGGACAAGCCCUGGAAAAGCUUCGUAGAGCCCUCAGAGCAUCUCAGCCCCGGGGAGCUGCUGGUGAUGGAGCUGAGCCCUGAAAAGGAAGCGGCCACCAACACACGGCCCCACACACCACAGCUCAGCCCCAGAGAACAGACAGAGCCACUGCAGCCACACUUCAAUAUGGAGCUGCCCUUCACGUACCGGCGGCAGGAGGUUCUGGAUCCGGAGCCAGUGGGGUCAGGGGGGGUCCCCAUCUGUGGCCCCCCGGCCGCAGAGGAGGGUGUGGGGAACUGGGGGCUGAGCCAGGUGCUGGCGCCUCUUGUGCUGCUCAAACCCAUCACCCCACAGGAUCAGGAGAGUGUGGGGCUGCUGCAGGAGAAGGUGGUGCCUUAGGGAUCCCAGGGAUGGGGGACAGGCGGGUCCCUCGGGCAGUGAGGGGGUGAUGCUGAGGGUCUGGGGGGGCUGAUGCUGAGCAUCCAGGUGAGAUGCUGAAUUCACUCCCCAAGGUAUAGUGGCUCUGCGGGCACUUUCCUGGGGGUUUUCUGAUUUCCAGGAGCUCCACUGCCCUGCACAGGGCUGGGACCCGGUGAGGAGCAGUGCAGCCCGAAAUGAGGGCAGGGGGCUGCGGGCUCAGCUCCCUGCGUGGGGGUGGAGAUGUUUCCUUGGACACGAGGAAGCUGCUUUGGGAGCACAUCAGAGAGUGAAGGCUGCAUCCCUGCCCCCGUGGGAUGAGGGCACAGCAAACCCCAGCACGGAGCACCAGAAAGUAAAGAAAACCAAACAGCAGCG